AUGGGAUAUGUCGUGCCAGGAUAUGCUACUCGUAGACUAAAAUAUUAUGAUCAUACGGUUGUAUACUAUCCGCCUUUUAAGCGGGUUUGUUUACCAAGAAGCCUAAAGUUUGAUGACUUGCCGCCAGAUAUAAUUGAGCUAGUAUUCGUGUACAGUGGGAAUAAACAGCUGCCAACGUGCAAUAAACUGCUGUAUAGGGUGCUAAAACCUCAAAGACAUCUAGUGGAACUGUUUUUUCGAGUUAAUUUCGUUGUCGAUGCAAAUGCAUUAAUUCCGACCGCGGCGAAUACUAGGCGCGUUCCAAUUUUACUGGUCGAAGUGUUUGACAGAUUACUGUUUAUAGAGCACUUGAAUGAUAAACCUUCAUUGCUGGAUGAGAUUGUGUUGAUUGAGGCUUACUGCGAAGUGAAGAGAAUUCAAGAGGCUAGAGAAAAGGGGGAGACGAGUUCAACAGCAAGCGUCGAGGUUGAGAGAGAUGAGGAGACAGGUAGGCCAGUGAGGGACUUUCCACAGGCAUUUUAUGUGCACAAGCACAUCUAUUUCUGGAACCAGGUAGAUAGACAGCCUCCAGUUUACAACCAGAUGUUGUUGAAGCUAAAUGGGCACUUUGUCAUACGACAGGUUGCUUAUUUGGUAGAACAGGUGAUUCGGUGGUUCUUCCGCGAAAAUAAUGAAAAUUAUGAUGUGUAUCACCUUUUUCAUGCAUUAAGCCUAAUAUUGCAUUUAUCUGUACUGCACGAUUUGCAGUUGGACAAGGUGGAGCCUCUGGUAGUGCUAAUUGACCAUCUUUUCUUUGAAAGUAUCAGUAAUCUUACAACUCUCCUUAUAGCGACGGAAGAAACGCUUCUUUCACGCAAGUACAGAAUUGUUGAAAAGUUUGUGCAUAAGUUUUACUGCGGUAAGAAUGAUCUACUGUCCGACGAUUAUCUUUGGUUAAAGUUACGAGAAGCUAACGAUAAUAAUCUGACCAAGAUAAUUUUAGGACAGGGUGGAAGACCGAGCUUCAACGCCGUGCUUUGA